CACGCAGUCUGCUGCCGUCCACUGGUUCGGCAACAACAUGAAGUUUCGAAGAGUGGUUGACUUGCAUUGCAGACAUGGGAAGAGCGCUGCACUACCUGGAAUCAUCAUCAAGUUCACAAGAGCUUGUUGGGCAGGAGUAUUCCCAUGUUGACAAGCGAGAGAAUACCCAGGUAGUGAUGGUGCUGCAGUGGCCAACGACCGCGCGCCGCGACUGGCUUGACCAGGAAAGGCGUAUCACGUGAUAUACGGAGGACCAGUCGUGCAGUUAUGAUAUGUGCACUUUCGCCGUUGUGAUCCGUCCAAGGUCCGCCCCUGAAAGCUCCGCGUUUCUGACUGGCCCGGACCGCAAACUUUACUUCGGCCCCGAGCCUUGUAUUCAAAGCUCAUCCAUCACGGCUUCACCAACGCUCAACAACUGUCAAGCAAUCUCCAACAACGUCCGAAACCCCUGACGAUACGAUGUUUCUGGUCUCCACGAUGGAGUUCAUCUGCGCUGUACUUCGCGUCCGAGGAUUCCAAUUCCUCUCCUUCUGUCGGGGGAAUGCCUGCGUGAAAAUGACGUUUCUUACAAAGGUAGGAGUCGGGAGAAAGCUCUCAGCGCAUUGAAAAGCCUGCGCUGCCCUCCCUUGUUGCACCGGUGAGUGUUUGACGAAUUGUAAACUUGCUAUCUCUACCAAAGCGCUCUAUCUCUCUUCGAACCAACCCAAACCAAAAGAUCAUUUUCCUCCCUCCUCCAAUACCCACAUCAACAUGACAGCGGACCGUGACCUACCGGUCGACGACAGCAACACAGUCACUCGUGAAGACAGGGCCCGUUGUACCAUGCAAGAACAGCAUGAUUCCGACAAAGAGGAAUAUCCUCCAGCGGCUACGGUGUGGAUCACCAUGAUGGCAAUGAUGUUGUCCUCGUUUCUCGUUGCAUUGGACCGAACCAUCAUUGCAACAGCCAUACCGGUCAUCACGAACCACUUCAACUCCCUCGGGGAUGUAGGGUGGUACGCGUCAUCGUACCUCCUAACGUCCUCUGCGUUCCAGCUACUCAUGGGUCGGGUCUACACGUUCUACAAUCCGAAAUGGGUGUACAUAAGCUGCAUAGCGUUAUUUGAACUCGGCAGCCUGGUAUGUGGCAUUGCGCCCAACUCAACGACACUGAUUGUCGGACGGGCCAUUGCAGGCAUUGGCAGCGCGGGCAUCUUCUCUGGGGCGAUCACGCUCGUUGUGUUCUUGGUGCCACUGGAUAAACGACCAGCAUGGACGGGUUCCAUCGGCGCGGUGUUCGCAAUUGCGUCGGUCGCCGGCCCCUUGCUGGGCGGCGUCUUCACCGCCAAACUCAGCUGGCGAUGGUGUUUCUACAUCAACCUCCCCGUUGGGGCGGUGACCAUGGCCGUGCUUUUCUUCGUCCUCCGCCUCCCUGUCCAUGGCCGCCAAAGGGCGAAAGUGCCAGUGAAGCAACAAUUCAACCAGCUCGACCCCGUGGGCACGGCCAUCUUCAUGCCGGCCAUUAUCUGCCUCCUGCUAGCCCUUCAGUGGGGCGGUACCGAAUACAGCUGGUCCAACGCCCGGAUUAUUGCUUUAUUUGUGCUCUCGGGCGUGCUGUUGACUGGAUUUGCGGCCGUCCAAAUCUGGCGGCAGGAGUUGGCCACGAUCCCGCCACGAAUCCUGAAGAACCGCUCCAUCGCCGCUGGCGUGGCAUACGCCUUCUUGUCCGGCGCGGGCAUGAUGACGCUCGUCUACUUCCUGCCCAUCUGGUUCCAGGCCAUCAAGGGCGCGUCGCCGGUCCAUUCAGGGGUCAAGAAACUGCCAGCGGUUUUGGGCAUCACGGUCGCCGGCAUGAUUGCUGGCUUCGGCACGCGUAUCUUGGGAUACUACACUUUCUGGAUGUAUCUUUCAUCAGUGCUGACGCCUAUCGGCGCCGGCCUCAUCUCGACCUUCACCACGGACACGGGCCACGCCAAAUGGAUCGGCUACCAGGUCUUGUGGGGCAUGGGGUUAGGUGUGGGCAUGCAGCAGCCCAGCGUGGCUGCGCAGACCGUGCUCGCCCGCAAGGACGUGCCCACGGGUGCGGCCAUGAUGUUCUUCGCCCAGUCUCUCGGGGGCUCCAUCUUCGCCAGCGUUGCCAACAACGUCUUCGACAAUAAGCUGGCCGACGCUCUCAAGGCCGUCCCGGGCAUCGACGCGGACCUCGUCCAGAAUGUCGGCGCCACUGACCUGCGCGAUGCCGUGCCCGAACAGUUCCUCCAUGGCGUCUUGGUCGCCUACAACGCGGCCCUGCAAAAUGCCUUCUACGUUGGUGUCGCCGUCAGCGCUGCUACCAUCUUUGCCAGUCUGACUAUGGAAUGGAAGAAUCUGAAGGUCGUGGCGGCCGAGCGAGAGGCUGCCGCCAAAUCUGCCUCUCUGUCCGCAGACAAGGCCGGUUCUUCUGCUUCUGCGAGCGACUCACUACCACAGAAGCGCGCAGCUGACGAGAAGGACCUUGAGACUGUUUGAUCCUGGUAUAUAGACGGCGAUCUGUUCUUCUCCCAUUUCAUUUCACCUUUCGUGUUAGAUGCUUCGCCUUGAACUUCUUUGAGACAUGAUUGAGAGAUCACGCGUCUACAGUAUUUUUCGGUAGGAGCGGCGAAAAGGAACGUUUUGAAGAAUUUACAAAUGACUGGACUAGUGAUCUAUGUCAUAGAAUUAGAAUAAAUAUAAUAUUACCACCGCAGCCCGAGGAUUCUGAG